UUUCAAUGUAACACCGGAGAUCAGUUCUCGGCGGCAUGACUUGAGCUGGAUUUUUCUUUAUUGUGUUGUUUGAAAGAGCUAGACAUGUCCACUACUGCAGAAUCAGACAAAGCAUCUGUGUCAAAUGUGGAAGAAAGUCGGACUCGAUUAUGUGAAGAGUUUGCUUCAAUUGCGAACACUGACUCUGCUGUGGCCCAGUGCUACCUAGCUGAAAAUGACUGGGAAAUGGAGAGAGCAUUGAACUCAUUCUUUGAGGCAGACUUGGAAAGUGUAUUUGAAGUAAAAGAUUCUCAAGAGCAGGAAAGCCGAAGUCCUGAAACAAAGAAGAGAAAGAUGGAUCAAAACACACCAAAACAAUGCAUUGAUUUGACUGAAGACAGCCCCUCAUCUUCAAAACCUUCAGAGGAAAAUGACAACAAACUGUCUCUUAUUUCUUGGAAUGUAGAUGGUCUAGAUACAGACAACCUUGCUGAGCGAGCCAGGGGUCUUUGCUCCUACUUAGUCUUAUACACUCCAGACGUGGUUUUCUUACAGGAGCUUAUUCCACCCUAUGUGCAGUACUUGAGGAAGCGAGCUGUCAGCUACCUCAUUGUUGAAGGAGGUGAAGAGGGUUAUUUCACUGGCAUGAUGCUCAAGAAGUCCAGAGUUAAACUCUUGGACAAAAACAUUGUGCCUUACCCCACCACUCAAAUGCUGCGGAAUCUCCUUGUAGUUCAGGUGACUUUCAAAGAGCAUAAAUUGUGUCUGAUGACGUCUCAUCUGGAGAGCUGUAAGGGCCAUGCAGAGGAGAGGAUGAAGCAGCUUCGUUUGGUGAUGCAGAGGAUGACCAACGCCCCUGAUGAUGUGACUGUGCUGUUUGGAGGAGACACUAACCUCAGGGAUACAGAGGUGGCGAAAGUGGGUCUACCCUCUAGUGUGUGUGAUGUGUGGGAGCGUCUGGGCAAACAGGAGCACUGCCGUUACACCUGGGAUACCAAAAUCAACACCAAUAAGACUGUUUCCUAUGUCUGCCGCUGCCGAUUCGACCGCAUCUACCUCCGUCCUGCUUCGAAGGAGGGAGUCCCACGCCUCCUCCCUGAUCACAUGGCCUUGAUAGGUCUUGAGAAACUGGACUGUGGGCGCUUCACAAGUGACCACUGGGGAAUCUACUGCAGCUUUGUUGCAGAGUCGUAACAUUCACAUUUUAGUUCAUAUACGGCAUUUUAAAUUCUGAAUUUAUAGUGGCAUAUAUUAUACAAUUAAAACAUAUAUAUACAUAGUUGAAGUCAAAUGUAAAUAAAGGCAUGGAGAAUUUAGUUGUUGUCUUUGGAAGUUCUAAUCAAGACUAUUGUGUAGUUCUAAUUACUCACCACAAGAUAGCACUACUGAGUCAAACUAAACUAACUAACUUCAAACUAAUGUACAUAAUUUUAUCAUAUCAUGAAUCCCCCACAGGUUAAUACAGAUUUAUUAAAUAAAUAAUAAAUGG